AUGGAAGUUUGUGCAUCACAGCUUCUUGUUUCUCAUAAUCAUACCCUCUCUAUCUCUCUCAUAACAAGAAAAAGUUAGAAUAUGAAUCCAGGACGUCUUCUUUGUUUCAUUGGUUGUAUCUUCCUCGUUGUCUCAUCUGAAGCUUCAAGAAUUCACGUUGAAAGAAGACGCUUCUCCUCCAAACCUUUAUCUAGCCAAGAAAGAGGGUUUCUCCCUUCUCAACCCACCCUGCCUGUCAUCUGCGCCGGAGAAAUUUUACCGGAGAAACGGAAGGUGAAGACGGGAUCAAAUCCUUUGCACAACAAGCGAUGAGGAAAAGUCAGAUAAUUAGUUUCUCUAAACACUUUUAUAUCUCUCUCUUUGUCUUCUUAACCACAUAGAUAUAUAUCACAUAUGUAUAUCUACUACACAUAAUAUACAUUAACGUAGGGUUUAUCCAAUCUUUUUGUUUCUCUUCUCAAUACUUAGAUGUUUAUAAGAUGAUAGAGCGUGAGAUAAUCAAUAUUUUACAUCCAGCUUUAGUU